AUGCAGCAGCCAACGGCACAACAACCACCACCACAGACAACAACAGAUGCCCUGGACCCCACAGCUCAGUAUAUGAAGCGUCGGAGGACAGCGUUAUGGGUGACAAUCUCCCUGUUGUGUCUGUCUGUGGUGGUUCUGGUGGUGGGACUGGUCUCUGCCACCCGUACCGGGAACGUGGCUGUCGCUGGAUACUACCCUGGCAUCACCCUGAGUUUCGGAGCGUUCUUAGGGAUCGUUGGAAUUAAUUUGCUAGAGAAUCGAAGACCCAUGCUCAUGGCAGCCAUCAUCUUCAUCAGUAUGGGAGUCAUCGCUUCCUUCUUCUGUGCCAUCGUGGACGGAAUCAUCGCGGCUGAGUUCAUAGACAGGAGGCCUCUGCUGGAGGACAGGUGUGAGUUCUACGCCAGUGGGUCAGGGUACGCCUACGACAACUAUUAUACUGAGGUGAUGUGCAGCUCAUUCAACAGUGAGUGUAAAGUGAGAAUGAAGAGCAACACCUGCUACUGCUGUGACCUGUACAACUGUGAGAGUCCAGACUACCACACCCAUUACUAUGAGUUCACGGGGGUGAGUAGCUGCUGGGAUGUGGUCCAGCUCCAUCGUCUGCUGUGGGUCUGUGUGGUGCUCAACAUAAUGGGCCUGUUCCUGGGAAUCAUCACAGCUGCUAUACUGGGGGCUUACAAGGACCUGGCUCCUGCCACCCAGAUGUCCCCCAGUCCCGCCCCACCCCCCCAUAUCAUGUAUAACCCCACCCAGCAUGUGGUGACCUACGCUGGCUUCUGCCCCAACGGACAGGCCCUGCCCGCCUACCCCAACUACCCCGCUUUGCCCAUGCAGCACCACAGCAGUUACCAGGCCCCCUCCACCCCCCAGCCCGGCCUGGAGAUGACCCUAACCCCCUCCUCUCCGUCAGAGGAGAGCCAGAGCCAGCCUUCCGCCCAGGCCCCCAGCCAGCCCACCUUCCAGACUGGCUCCCAGGACCCUGGUCAGGGUUACAUGCUAACACCCAACGCCCCUGCCCUCUACCCUGGCCCCGUCUACGGGCCCUCCGGCUUCGAGAAGCCCCCUCCUUAUGCAUGCUGA